UUGAAAAGAGUUUCAGGUCUUUUGUCACAUAAAGAUCUCCAUCCCAAUCCGAAACCCACGCUACAGCUCUCAUUGAUGGCUUUCGCGGUAAUCCAAGCUCGUAAUCUCUUCCUCUGCCGCCAUCAUCGCCCUUUCUUUGCUCUCCUCCGGCGCCUCGAAAACCCUAGAAAGCUCUCUUUUUCUUCACCCUUCGCUGUACCGGGAACUCUAAUUCUUCAUUCCAGAAACCUAGCUUCAAGUCCUUCGUCCUUAGAUAAAACCCUAGUUUUUACGACGGACGAGCGCUUCGGAGACUCGGAACCUAGGGGCGGUGAGUCGGAAGUGGAUGCGGGCACAAUCGCGGCCAUUGUCACGCAGGUCGGCGGCCCUCCUGCGGCGGUGGGGAUCGUACGUUUGUCAGGACCGACGGCGGUGGAAGUGGCGGCGCGAGUGUUCCGUCCGGCUAGGAAGCGGGCGGAAUGGGGUUGCAUUUGGAAACCUAGAAGUCACUUUGUGGAGUAUGGGUUUGCUCAGGAUAAGCAGGGCAAUGUCAUCGAUGAGGUUUUGGCAAUUCCUAUGUUAGCUCCUAGGUCUUACACAAAAGAAGAUGUGGUUGAGCUUCAAUGUCAUGGUAAUGAUUUAUGUUUGCGCCGUGUGCUGAGGGCUUGCUUGGAGGCUGGGGCAAGGCUUGCGGAGCCUGGUGAAUUCACACUCCGGGCUUUUCUAAAUGGGCGCUUAGACUUAGCUCAAGCUGAAAACGUUGGCAAACUUAUUGCAUCGAAGUCUGUGGCUGCUGCUGAUGCUGCCUUGGCUGGGAUACAGGGAGGAUUUUCUGUUUUAGUCAACUCAUUGAGAAAGCAAUGCAUCGAGUUGCUUGCAGAAAUUGAAGCUCGCUUAGAUUUCGAUGAUGAGAUGCCACCCCUGGACAUGGUGAUGUUGGUCAGCAAAAUAGAUGCUAUGUGGUGUGACGUGCAGGAAGCAUUAGAAACCUCAAAUUAUGAUAAACUUCUUCGGUCUGGCUUGCAGAUAGCAAUCAUUGGCAGGCCUAACGUUGGCAAGUCCAGCCUUCUCAACGCAUGGAGCAAAAGUAACAGAGCAAUAGUUACUGAAAUUGCUGGAACUACAAGGGAUGUUGUAGAAGCAAAUAUAAGUAUUGAGGGUAUUCCUGUAACAUUACUCGAUACCGCGGGUGUUAGAGAAACUGAUGAUGCUGUGGAAAAAAUUGGGGUACAAAGAUCAGAAGCCGCUGCAAUGGGCUCUGAUGUUAUCAUAAUGACAGUAAGUGCAGCUGAUGGGUGGACUGAAGAUGAUCAAAAAGUCAUUGAACGCAUUAAAAUGAAUCAGAGUUCAACUAGUUGUACUACUCCCAUGAUUCUUGUUAUCAACAAAGUAGAUUGCGUUCCUUCAAUAUCAGUGCAGCCUUUUGCAUUUGGUGAUGAGAUCUUUAAGAAAAAAGUUCAGACUAGUGCUGUUACUCGAAAAGGCAUUUUGGAGUUGGAGAAGGCAGUGUUAGAGGUCAGGGGACUCGAGGGCAUUGCCAUGGGAGGUCGCAGAUGGACUGUAAAUCAGAGGCAGACAGAGCAACUUAUUCGAACAAAAGAGGCUAUGUCGAGGCUAAAAUCAUCUAUAGCAGAAGACUUGCCAUUGGAUUUCUGGACCAUCGACCUUAGAGAAGCAGCAAUGGCCCUCGGAGAGAUCUGUGGCGUCGAUAUCUCUGAGGAAGUUCUGUCCAAUAUAUUUAGCAAAUUUUGCAUUGGAAAAUAACCAAUUCUGUAUGAGAUUUCUUUGGCUUUAUAAUCUGGCGAUAUUGUUAAUCUAUCUAUAGCAUUUGCGUUUCUUAAACGCAGCUUUUGCUAUAAUUAUUUUUUUCCCUUC